AUCGGACGGCAAUGAUGAACAGUAACCUGAUUUGUAUAUAAACAAUUCACAGAUCAGAUAGCAUUAAUCGGUGACAGAUUGGGGGGGAGAGCGAGAGGGAGCCCUGAGCCCUUGCUCUGCUCGAUCGAUUAUAGUUCGCAAAUUGGAUCGAUCAAGCUUCACGUCAUCUCAGGAAAUUGGUUGGAGUUUUGAAGGAAAUGGAAAGUAAUGAUGCUAAUGAAGUUAUGAUUUCUGGGAGUGAUGAAGCAAACUGUCCUGAAGGGACAGUUGAGAUAAAGAUAAAGACGUUGGAUUCUCAAACAUACACCCUGCGUGUGAAUAAAUAUGUGCCUAUACCUGCUUUAAAAGCACAAAUUGCUACUGUUACCGGUGUAUUGUCCGAACAACAGCGACUUAUAUGCCGUGGAAAAGUUUUGAAGGAUGAUCAGCUCCUCUCCGCUUAUCAUGUGGAAGAUGGUCAUACACUGCAUCUAGUUGCGCGACAACCAAUCCCACCAUCAUUGGAGAGCCAUCCUGAUUUUCCAGCAACUGACCAGGCAUCAAAUCCUAGUAAUCAAAAUAAUCAAGCAGGCCCCAGCGUAGUUGUUGGGACCUUCAAUAUAUCGGAACAAGGUGAUGGGGUUCUGCCAGAUCUUAGUCGGAUUGUUUCAGCUGUUCUUGGUUCUUUUGGAAUCCCAAAUAUUGGGAGUGCUAAUGAAGGGACUGAUCUCAGGGAAGCUGGUGCAGAAAGGCUUUCAAGAACAAAUGUUGGUGACUUAAGAAAUUCUAGUGGACAACAAACUGACCAAGCUGCAUCAAGGAGUCAGUCUAUUCCUGAUAGUAUUGCUUCCUUAUUCCCAGCUUCUGUUCCUUUGGAAUCCCUGCAGCUGCCUGUGAUUCCUGAUUCUCUGACAACUUUGUCCCAGUAUUCAACUCGGUUGAGGAAUGAGUUCACUGCACAUGCUGGUGCAGGCAAUAGCUUUCAAGCUGCUAGAAUUCUGAGGAGUCUGGAGAUGAGCGGACAAGAAUCUGAUGCAGGCAUGAGAACUACAUCUGGACCGGCAGGGCUGCCAACACCAUCAUCCUUGGCAGAAGUGAUGCUGUCUACAAGACAAAUAUUCACUGACCAAGCAGCAGAAUGCUUAACUCAAUUUACAAGACUGCUAGAGGAUCAAACAAACGUGACUGAUCCGUUGGCAAGGAUGAAUAUUCAAUCGAAUGCAAUAAGAUCUGGAGUUAUUUUGCAAAACUUAGGUGCUUUCUUACUUGAGCUUGGUCGCACAACCAUGACAUUGAGAAUGGGCGCAACACCGGCUGAUGCCGUGGUCAAUGCUGGUCCUGCCGUGUUUAUAUCCACAGCUGGUCCGAAUCCAAUAAUGGUUCAGCCCCUUCCUUUCCAACCUGGGACAAGUUUUGGGGCAAUUCCUGUGGAAACUAUACAAGCUAACUCUGGUUGGGCUGGAGGCUCUCUUGGUUCUGGUUUACUUCCCAGAAAUAUUGACAUCAGGAUACGCACAGGUCCAUCGAUGCCAUCAACCACUACUAGCCAAAGGGACCCAGCUGGUGUGCAGCAGUCUCCAGCACGUAGCAACCCAUCUGGUGGAAAUUCCAUUCAUCAGCCCGCUCCAGAAGCCUCUGGAACUCCAUCUUCUACCAGGGGACCUGAGGUACGGGUGAUUCCUGUCAGGACUGUGGUUGCAGCAGUACCUGCUUCUGCAAGGCGUGCACCUUCUGAUUCAUCGCGUGGUUCAUUGGGGUUAUUCUAUCCUGUUCUUGCAAGAGUUCAACAUGUAGCCUCUGGACGUUUUAACAAUGUAAGGGGUUCACAAACAUCUGAGGAAGCCGGCUCUGGUGGUUCUGAUCCGGAGCAACAGCCUGCUCCUGAUUCUGCAUUACCACAGCAAGACUCUUGGCUUCCUGGAGCAGACGUCAACACCCCUUCUGGCGAUGGGAACCAAAAUGGACUUGAUCAGAUGUUGAGGUCUAUGUUCCCUGGGGGGCAGAUCCAUGUUGGUGAAGCCAACGUCCAGGGAAUGGGUUCAACUUCUGUUGCAGGUCAUGUGGGAACCGCUCAGGGCACAUCCUCUACCCCAGAGGCUGUAUCCAGAGUGGAUGAUGGAGGACUUGGCUUGUCUAAUUUACUACGUCAGAUUAUGCCCUUUAUUUCUGACAACACAGAUAGUGGAUCUGCAUCUCUCGAGAGAGCAAGUGAUGUCAUGGAUGGAACUACAGAAACCUCUACAGCACAAGGUCGUGAGAACCCUGACAGAGGGAGUUUGUCACGCCGGAAUGGUGAUCCACCAUCUUCCCCAAGUUCAAAACGUCAAAGGAGAGAGUGAUGCGUAUGGAGAGAGAGAAGAAUGGCAGCCCAUACAAGUCAAAUGCGACGAAUCUUUCAAUGAAGUGGUGUUAAGAGUUGAGAACUCUGAAGUUCCUAUGGCUGCCAUGCUAUGGUGAUUUCUCUUUUGACUUGUGAAGCAAUUCUAGACAAGAAGUCUUGAUUCUGGAAUUGGAUAAUAGAUUGUGGUUGUACUCUUCUAUAUGUCUUGGGUUUUGGCUUUAAAUGUGCUCUUCCUUCUCCUUCACCUCCUUUUAGCUUUAAUUUUUACCAUUCCAUUUAAUUUAUUUGUUCCUGUUGAGCGUUAUGAAAUAUUUUGUAAUGUACCUGCUAUUUAUGAUAUCCAGCUAAAUUUAGUUUUAGGGCCUUUUAUGUUGAAAAUAGGUAACAAGCAGGCAAUCUUAAAGAAUCCGAGGCAACUCUUAAUGUGUUUUUUUCUUAAUGUUUACAACUCCAUGAAAAAAGAUUCCAUGGAGUGUUCUA